AUGGUGGCUCCGUCGACGCGGCAGGCGUGGCUGGAGGCUCAGCGAAGCCCCGUGCCCGCGCCAUGGGGGGCGCCUCGGCUGCAGGCGUCCCACCUGAGAAAGAGCCGAGGACUUCUACACCACGUGCUCAUGGUGCUCUUCCUGAUGAUCUUUUGUCUGCUGCCAGCGGGGACCCGUUGGCGUAAGCCCGUGCUGCUGGUAUGGGCAGCGCCGCCGCUGCUGCACCCGUCGCGGGAAAGGGCGCUGCUGCUCGCUCCCCCGCCUGGGCCAGUCAAUGUGGAGGCCCUCUUGGCCAGCUUCAAGUCAGAGGUCGAGGCCACGAUCGACGCGAAGCUCUCUGAGGCCAGAGGUGGCCUGGUUUCCCAGGUAAACAGCGCCACGGCCGCCCUGGUCAAGGCGGCCGCCCAGCAGCAGGAGCAGGUCAACAGCCAGGCGCAGGGGGAGCUUCACGAGCCACGCCAGCGCCAGUCCUCCGUCGAGAAGGAGCAGAGCGAGAGGCGGUCCGAGCUCGAGAGGAUCCGCAAACAGCUCUACAUCUUGGAGGCGGCCAUCCCCAUCAAGGAUUACGAAGGCAUGCUGGAGUGGGGCCUCGACCCUGAUGGCACCAUCAUGGUCGCCAACGCCGUGGGGAAUGCGGACGUUGCCAAGGUGCGAGAGCAAUUGUGCCCUUGGCUUCAGGACGCAGGCCUCGAAGACACACGCUGGCGACUGGAAGGGCCUUCCUCUGGGCGUCGCUUCAUCCUUCCGAUGACGGGCGACGCCAACGCGGCCAUGCGGAAGGUCCAGAAGGCUCGCAAGCACAUCAAGGACGGGAAUGGCGAGUGGCGCCAGUUCAAUGUCGAGACCAUCAAGGGCGGGACCUCCCGCAUCUUUGUGGGUGUGGACAAGGCGGCUUGCCUGUUACGGAGAAAGAUUUGGACCAAGAAGCUCGCAACGCUGGUCAAGGAGGUAUCAUUCUUUCUGGAAGGCGUUCCAACGAUCAAUCUGGAGAUUUGCGCGGAGCGCGACCAAGCCACGAAGCUUUUAUGGAAUUUCCCGGCAGUCACGAGUCAGGGCAUCGACAAAGACCAGCUGUCCCAGCGCUUCAACGACAUCUUCCAUGAGUCGGACGAGGUGCGGUGGCAGAUUUAA